UUGUCUUUGGUGUUCGUCAUUCACCUCACUCACUUACAAUCUGUUAUCUGUCUUAAUCCAAAAUUGUUGAAGACGAAGGAAGAGGAUCUAUACGACUUUGCGUUUGUUGACGCCGACAAGCCGAACUACGCCGAGUACCACGAGAGACUACUGAAGCUCGUCAGGGUCGGAGGAGCGAUUGCCUACGACAAUACUCUGUGGGGAGGGUCGGUGGCAAGGCCGGAGGAGGAUUGUGGGCUGCCCCCGCAGGAGAUGGUCGACAGGGUCGCCUUGAUCGAGCUGAACAAGUCCUUGGCUGUCGAUCCUCGCAUCGAGAUAUCGCAGGUACCGAUCGGCGACGGGUUCACCAUCUGCAGGCGUCUGCAUUGAUCUCAGGAGAUUGGUUUUGCGAAUUAGUAUAUUGCUUGCUUUAAAUGUUUAAGGUCGUUUUGUAACGAAGGACAUCCACAGGUCACUAUUAAGAAUAAGUUCGCAAUCCAUAUUAAUUAUGCAUGUAUGAGUACUUUGAAUAGUGUUCGUCGCUGAUCUGCUCUUGUAUUUGAAUAACACACUUAACAAAGCACAUUAUGAUGCAGAAGUAUGGUGAUCAUCACCUUCUUGUUUUCAAUC